UUGCCCUCGUGUUUGUUUUUCAUGAUUCUGGACACUUGAUUAAACGCAUCUUGGUUCCUGAAUGCGCGAUGCCUUAUUUUUAGGCUUGAUGGCAUUGGCCGGCCGGCCGGGGUAGCAUAUUGAUCUGUGGGUGUGAGACGCCAUUUUGCACCAGCUGAUGUUUCACUCAGUUCGGUCUGGUGUAGGGCACUGUACAGGUGUAUGAGUGUCUAAAGAUGGAGUUGUAAUGCAGAGUUCGUGGUGGAAGGACAGCCCUGUGGAGGCUAAGUGUUUUACGGAAAGUAAUCAGUUUGAGAUGAUUUCAUUUAGUGUGGACCCUCAGUGGUGUGGUUUGCUGUUCUCGGUAUAUUGUCGCCAUGAGAAAGGAUCAUUAUUAGGAGGGGGUGGAUUCCCCCAGGCUGACGCAUUUGCUACUUGUUCCCUGGCAGGGCCACCCUUGGAUGUCGAUUGGAUAGCAUUUACGGGUAGUGUCGGCUUUGAGAUCUGUCGUUUAUCGUCAACUUGGGCUCUCGUCUUCGAGUCAGUCAAAGCAACUGGCGUGAUUCUCCUUUUGGGAGUAGGCAGCUUGGUGUGUUACAAAAUCUGCAACCACUACUGGCCUCGUUCUCGCCCUCCCUCUUCUCCUCAUCCACGCAGACAUCCGAAGGGUACUUUCGUGGUGAGCCGUGCUCAAGACGCUGAAGAUCAGUUGCUGGAAAAUUUGGACGAUGAAGAGCUCAGUGAAGUUGAGGGUCAUUAUUUUGGACCGAGUCCGGUACCGCAAGAAGGGGAGCAUCCAAAAGUCAGCAAUUGUUUCCCAUGUUCGAGAUCAGCAUCUGGAUCGAUAUACCCUAACAGCUCGACUUCACAGUCUGAUAGUGGUACAUCUGGCGAAGAUGAAGGACGUGAUGCAGAUGUUUCUGAUGGGAGUCAAGGGGAGAUGUCCCCAAAACAUCUACAUGUGUUACAUCAGCAUCAGAAACGCCAUUUGCAUAGGUGUGGAGACACAACACUGCAGUCAAAAUCUCUGUCUUCGGACACAAGUACUAAAGGUUUCGUUAGGCAGCCACCAGAUAAAGACUCGGGCUGGCUCUUUGGAAAAAUCAGGAGAAUCCUGACGUCCACACCAGGCAGGUUGCAGCUAUCUGGAAGUGCACGGCUUAAUCUAACGCCAUCUCAAAGCAAGGCUGUAAGAUUGCAUUGUGCUGAAACAAAGAGAUUUGGUUCUGAGUUGGGGCAAGAUUGGAGAGAAGACUUUUACCUGAGUAGGGCUAGACGUUUGGCUCCCGAAGGUGCAGAAACGGAAACGGAACAGGAACAUCACAGCUUUGUUCGAGAUUGCAAUGGUAUUUCCUUGACGCAAAACUUGCCGUCUAGUACAAGCCUUAUAAGAGAUGAAUCUUAUGAUUCCCUUGGAUUUUCCAAACGGCUGCCUCGUGACGGUUCCUUUGACAGCACGUUCUCAGAGUUUAGUGUUGACUUUUUACCAGAGAGUUCUGUAGAUGUUGACACUGGCACAAUGAUAUGCUUGGAGAAACUCCAGCAGGAGAUUGACCAGCUCAAAACCAAUUGCCAAAUGAUGGAUGAGGAGUUCGAGACCAUCAAAUGCAAUCGGAACCUCCCAGGGAUGUCCAGUCUCAUGAAAGCAAACGCUUCCGACAGUAACUUUGGUUCUAGUGCUUUAGACUCCAACUUAGAUGAAGAAUCAGGGCAUCAAGAGUCGAAGCAAGAGAAGGCUCGUGCCUGCUUUGCUGGCUUAUACAGCCUUACUACCAUAAAGAACAGUACAUCAUCUGAACUUUCAGAUUCUUUUCCAGCGCCUGUGCAAGGUUUAGAUGGACAAGGAAGCAUCGGCUCUGCGGAAUCUCUUGUCUGGGAUUCCCCAAAGUUAGCAGCAAGUCCGGCCAAGAAAUCACAGGUGAACGCGUUACACAUUAAAUCCCCCGUCUUACAAAUGUCUGUUUCUGUAUGAUCAGUGUGCAUUAGGUGCACAGUAUAUACAGUAGGGCCCCGCUUUUCGGCGAUUCGCUAAUACGGCGCUCAACAGCUGAGUCAGAGAAGUGCGUCC